AUUACUUCCACGUGUGACGUCAUGUAAUCUUCCGUAUAAGAAGGCGACUGCAAUAUGGACCCUCAGUUUCCAAUCGCUGAGCCAGGUGGAAGGAAAGAGCCAUGGGAUUUCAGGUUUUGGCAGGAGUGCUUGUGACUGUGGUGGUCGUUGCGUCGUAUCCCGUGACCUAUGUGCAGCCGAGCCCACAGCAUGGCCAGCAGACGGUGUCACCCCAACAAUACAGGGUGUUGCUUCAGCAAGCGCAGCCUCAGGUCGGUGCCGCGCUGUACCAACAGCAGCCCCAGACUCAAUCCCUAAUCUACCAACAGCAAGUGCAGCCUCAGCCUCAGCCUCAGUCUCAGCCUCAGGUCUACUCGGUGCCUCGACUCAAGGCACGUCCCGUCCCCACUCAACAGCCGGGGGAACAGGUCAUCCAGGAAGCUGAGGACUAUGACCCUAAUCCUCACUACCAAUUUGCAUUUGAUGUGAAGGACGAUGAGUUUACAAACUACCAGAACAGGAAAGAGCAGCGAGAGGGAGGAAAGAUUUCUGGCAGCUACAGUGUUGUUGACUCUGAUGGGUUUAUUCGCACUGUCAAGUAUACAGCAAAUCCCGAAGAGGGCUUCAAAGCUCAGGUGACCCGUGAGCCGACAAACAUCGUAGUGAAGAUCCCGACCCCGACUCCAGCACAAGAGCAGGUGCAGCAGCCACAUCAAUAUAUUGCUCAACCAGUUCCUUCUCGUCAACCAUUUGCCCAAGUAUACAAUAGUGUGGCUUCACAACCGACACCAGAACAGUUGGCACAACUGCGAACACUGGCGAGGCAGCAGUUUACUGCAGUUCCACAGCCACAACCCGUACCAGCAGCAGCAGCUGCGCCUCAACCAGUGCAGUACCAGGGAGUGCAGCCACACGUUCAAUAUACACCACAACCUGAAGUGCCAAGACCAAAGGCUGUAAAGGCAGGAGCGAUUGAGUACUUGGCACAACAGCCAGGUGCCUCUGUGGUGUAUCAGGCGUAUCAAGAGUGAAGUGUGAGAAGGGCCUCAUGAGCUAUGGGCAGUAAUGCAGACUGAAAGAGGAACUGUUGUGCUGUGCUACUGGAAACAUUGCUUCAGUUAUGCUAAUCCUAAACUUCAAUUUUGAUUUAGAAAUAAGUAACCCUUGAUAAUACCUAGUAAUCAGUUUUAAACUUUACUGACAAAAUGUCAAUUAAAUUUAAUCUAAGCAGUUUUAGAUAUAAAAUAAAAUGAAAUAUCUAGGCUUUUCUGCUGGCUGCAUGCAAGAGUACAAAACCUUUUUUCAUGAAACAUAAACACGAAGUAUGAAAAAAUUGUAUGUUACUAAUAUUCAUGAAAUAACUGAAAUUUAAAUAAAGAGAAACUUUUUUGGUUAGCUUUUGUCAGAAUCUUUUAAAGUACUGCAGUAAUCACCCUAAACAACCCAUGUGUGUACUAGUACUUAAUUUUUAAAAAGUAAUGAUAACAUCGUCCUCUCCUUCCUCUGUUAUAUCCAUACGAAGAAGGAAACUAGAAAUUUUAAGCUACAACCGAAUAAAAGCUGGGAUAAGUAGAAGAGCACAUGGGUUUUAACCACUAUUCUGGAUUAGAAAUUUAUUCCUACAGUCCUUGGAAGAUGGGUAGCAGUCAUACUGUUACCAUUUCUUUCUUGAUUGACUGAAACAUUUAUCAAUUAUGUUGUAUGUUUGAGUGGAGUAUGAGAAAUUUUUUGUCACAUCUAUUUCUUCUUAUCACUGUUAAUAAACUAUGACAGUGGAAAUUCAAAAUAAAAUGUAUAAUUGUAUGACAAUGAUAUAUCAUAAUUAAUAUCACUCUUUACUAAUA